ACUCACACACGCACGCUCACACUUUUUAUUUGCCAUAAUGAACCGUCCAGCCCCUGUGGAGAUCUCCUAUGAGAACAUGCAUUUUCUGAUUACUCACAACCCUACCAAUGCUACCCUCAACAAGUUCACAGAGGAACUUAAGAAGUAUGGAGUGACAACUUUGGUUCGAGUUUGUGAUGCUACAUACGAUAAAGCUCCAGUUGAAAAAGAAGGAAUCCAUGUUCUAGAUUGGCCAUUUGAUGAUGGUGCACCACCCCCUAAUCAGAUAGUGGAUGAUUGGCUAAACCUAUUAAAAACCAAAUUUCGUGAAGAACCAGGUUGCUGUGUUGCAGUGCAUUGUGUUGCGGGAUUGGGAAGGGCACCUGUGCUGGUUGCACUUGCUUUGAUUGAAUGUGGAAUGAAGUAUGAAGAUGCAGUUCAGUUUAUAAGACAAAAAAGAAGGGGAGCAUUCAAUUCCAAACAGCUGCUUUACCUGGAGAAAUACCGACCUAAGAUGCGAUUACGCUUCAGAGAUACCAAUGGGCAUUGCUGUGUUCAGUAGAAAGAAAUAUAAACGAAGGCUGACUUGAUUGUGGCAUUUAGAGGGAACUCUUGGUACCUGGAAAUGUGAAUCUGGAAUCUUGACUGUGUCAUCAAAGUGGUGAUGGAUUCAGUACUCCUCAACCACUCUCCUAAUGAUUGGAAAACAAAAAACAAAAGAAAUCCCUCUAUAACAUGAAUAAAAUGUUUAAGAAAAGAAA